UUUUUGCGUGCCACGCUUCAUAUCUCUCAUGGACGAUACCCUACUAUUGAAAAUUCAAUACCAAUUUUCAAUUGGAUUAUGGAUAAAAUUGAAGAUUUUGAUAAAGAAGCAAAUAUUGAUGAAAUUGUAAAAAAAGCGGCCUGUAAUGCAAUGGAAAAGUUAAAAAAAUACUAUCAAUAUACUGAUGGAAUAAUAUACACCAUCUCUACUAUUCUUGAUCCCCGGUUAAAACUCACAUAUUAUAAGGAUCAUAAUUGGGAAGAAAAGUAUAUCACGGAAGCACGAGAUGAUAUUAAGAAGUUAUAUGAUACAACAUACGCACCA